AGAACUUUAAAAAAAAUACAUUUCCAAGAGGCUUGUCUUCAUGCAUGGUAAUUCCCAGUUAGAACAUAUUAAAUCUUCUUUGACAACCUUGUUAAGUUGAUGGGUCCCGCACAAAAAAAAUCAAUUUUUGUCGAUUACAAGGGGACGGAAAAAGAGGCAAUGUUUGUUAUAAUAUUGAUAUUAUUCCAAUCAGUGCUUUGAAUUUAGACUUCCCGUCGUCUGAUAGUGGUAGAUCAGACACAGAUGCGUCGCUCGAAGAGGCCUCUACACCUAGCUUCUCUCUAAGGAAAGUGGAACAAGAGUUGAUUCACAUGUCACUUCUGGAAGAUACAGGACUGAAGUGGCAUUCAUUGCUGUCUUUGAGCUACGUCUGCAACCAGACGACUGCGUCAUUUGGACCCAUGAAGGAGUGGAUAGAGAGUGAAAUUCACAUUGAAAAGACUGCACAGAAAAGAGAACACAAUGAGAACAAGUGUCAUCAAAUCACACUUCCGUGCACAUUCAAUCACAGUAUGAAGGUCACUGUCCUACUAAUGGAUCCCCUUGCGUCACUGGAGACGGUAGAUAUUGUCAUGAAGUUGGUACACUAUAGAGGGAAAACACUUCCAGGUAGAGAAAGUAGUAGUAAUGUGACGACAAUUCUGGGCACAGUAGAGACAAGACUGACAAUUACGCCACCCAGCGUGGAGGAACAGAUAAAGCCAACUAAGCAUCCUUGCGUGGAAAACUUAGUGUCUCGUAGCAUAAAAGAUCAUGCUAUAGAUAAACAGAACCUAGAACAGAUUGAAGACAAGGCCAACGUUCUGAACAUAGCAGUUACGGCUGUGUGUUUUGUGCUCUUUCUCCUCAUAAUCACUCUGAUCUCUACUCGCAAUCUUUGGAUUGGAAGCAACUCCUCGAACGGCUUUCGAGUCUUCUUCGCAUCGGGAUACAGAUCUAAAAGUGCAUUCAACAAUCGCAAAAAAUACGACGAAGCCAUGGCUAACGACGAAGAAGAAGACUACGCAGUGCUCAUUACUGAGAAAGGAUCCGAGUCAUUUUCGACCGAAAAGCUCUCGACCGACCAUUUUCUAAACAGUGACUCGGAAUUGGAACUUUUCUCAAACAGACUCUUCUAAAGUGGAACAAUCACAAACAGACUGCUCCAAUUCUCUGUAAAUAAGUAAUUGAUAUAAGUGCUUUUUUUAACUUUAAUUGAAGUUGACUGUCUUAUUCAGCGCAAUCGAAAAAAGAAAAGUAAUGGAGUGGAGAUUCAUUCAUCUUUUAUCUUUUUGUAUCUCAAUACAUAUUUUCUGCAUUCUGUGAAGAAAGUAAAAAGUUAUAGAAAAAUGUUAUUAAAAUGUUUUCACGACAAGGAAUAACGUUUCCUGGUUUUGAAAUUGCAGUAAGAAUCACGUUUGAAAAUGCUUUCAUAAUAAAUGACUAGACCCAAUCUGACGUUAUUUGUGCAAUUUUGUUCAGGAAAAUGAACCAC